AUGGACGCGGAUGCUGUAAAAAUGGCAUGGGAGUCUCUGGUUCUAGCAUCUCAGAUGUUGAGCAUUCUUGACACAGGGCAUGAUCGUCACACCAUUUCCAUCCUCAUUGCACUCUGUGAUUUGGGUCUCAACCCUGAGGCUUUGGCUGCUGUUGUCAAGGAGCUCCAAUAUGACCUCAAUGACACUUACAUAAGAGGAUGUUACUCAUGA